AUGGCGAAUGGAGGUUUCCCUUUUCAAAUGCCGAUGCUCACAAAGAACAACUAUGAUAAUUGGAGUAUCAAGAUGAAGGCGCUACUAGGAUCUCAAGAUGUGUGGGAUGUCGUUGAGAAAGGCUUCAAGGAGCAAGAUGAAGCCUCACUAAGUCAAGAUACUUUUGAGAAGAUAUCCAACGCAACGACGGCCAAAGAAGCAUGGGACAAGCUUCAAACUUGCAACAAAGGAGUUGAGCAGGUAAAAAAGAUUCGUCUUCAAACUCUUAGAGGUGACUUUGAACGUUUGUUUAUGGAGGAGUCCGAGUCAAUUUCUGAUAAUUUUUCUCGAGUAUUAGCCGUAGUCAAUCAACUUAAAAGAAAUGGUGAAGAUGUUGAUGAUGUGAAAGUCAUGGAGAAAAUACUUCGCACUUUAAAUCCGAGUUUUGACUUCAUUGUUAUCAACAUUGAAGAAAAUAAGGAUUUAAAGACCAUGACCAUUGAGCAACUCAUGGGUUCCUUACAAGCAUAUGAAGAAAAACAAAAGAGAAAAACUAAACAAAAGGAGGCUAUAGAGAAACUACUACAACUCAACAUAAAGGAAGCAAACUAUGUAAACUACAAGAGCCAAAGAGGACGAGGUCGUGGCCAAGAUCGUGGCCAAGAUCGUGGACGUGGACGAGGACUUGGAGAAGAAGAAAGAGGAGGUUACAAAAACUACUCUAACAACUUCAACAAUGGAGAAAGAAGUUGGAAUCCACAAGCGACAAGAGGUCGUGGAAGAGGAAAUUCAUGGUCGAGGUACGAAAAAUCACAAAUCAAGUGCUUCAACUGCAACAAGAUUGGUCACUAUGCAUCCGAGUGUAGAUUCUUGAAGAAGGUUGAAGAGAAAGCUAACUUUGUAGAAGAAAAAGGUGGAGAAGAAGAAACUUUGCUACUCGCAUGUUAA